CCUGUCCGUUGACCCAGAGUUUGUUUCCGUUGUUGGUGUAAUGUUAGAAGGGUUGUGAAUCUGGUGCUGAAUUUUGUUACACAGUGGAGUGACACCGUUUUUAUACGGUCUAUGGUGACAAACAACGACUGUACUUUUUGAAAAUCAUCUUUAUUUAAACAUAGGAGUGACUGCGAGCUGCUCGAUGUGAGUCUUAGCAGCCGUCGACCAUGAGUAACAGCCACCCUCUGCGUCCACUGGCCUCGGUGUCGGAGAUCGACCACAUCCACUUGUUGUCGGAGCAGCUGGGAGCCCUGGUGCUUGGCGAGGAGUACAGCGAUGUUACCUUCGUCGUGGAGGGGAAGCGGUUCCCGGCGCACCGCGUCAUCCUGGCAGCUCGCUGUCACUACUUCAGGGCCCUGCUGUAUGGUGGGAUGAAAGAGUCCCAGCCCCAGGCAGAGGUGAGUUUAGAGGAGACGCGGGCUGAAGCCUUUUCGAUGCUGCUACACUACCUGUACACGGGCCGGGCCAGCCUCAGCUCUGCCCGGGAAGAGGUGCUGCUGGACUUCUUGGGCCUGGCUCACCGCUACGGCCUCCAGCCACUGGAGGACUCCACCUCAGAGUUCCUUAGGACCAUCCUGCACACCAACAACGUCUGUCUGGUUUUUGAUGUGGCCAGUCUGUACUCUCUGAGCACGCUCAGUGCGGCAUGCUGUGCCUAUAUGGACAGACACGCACCUGAAGUGUUGAAUUCUGACGGCUUUCUCUUGCUCUCCAAGACUGCUCUGCUGACUGUGUUAAGGCGGGACUCGUUUGCUGCCAGUGAGAAGGAGAUCUUCCAGGCCCUGAGCCGUUGGUGCCGGCAGCACGAGGAGGGAGUCGACACCCAGGAAGUGAUGUCAGCAGUGCGGCUUCCGCUCAUGACUCUGACGGAGAUGCUGAAUGUGGUGCGACCGUCCGGCCUGCUGAGCCCAGAUGACCUGCUGGAUGCCAUCAAGACCCGCUCUGAGAGCCGCAACAUGGACCUUAACUACCGUGGCAUGCUCAUCCCAGAGGAGAACAUUGCCACCAUGAAGUAUGGAGCUCAGGUGGUGAAAGGCGAGCUGAAGUCUGCGCUUCUGGACGGAGACACUCAGAACUACGACCUGGACCACGGCUUCUCCAGACAUCCCAUCGAGGAUGACUGCCGUGCCGGGAUCCAGGUCAAACUGGGCCAGUCGUCCAUCAUCAACCACAUCCGCUUGCUGCUGUGGGACAGAGACAGUCGGUCCUAUUCCUACUACAUCGAGGUAUCUAUGGACGAGCUGGACUGGGUGCGUGUUGUGGACCAUUCAAAGUACCUCUGCCGCUCUUGGCAGGAACUCUUCUUCACGCCGCGAGUUUGCAGGUACAUUCGCAUUGUGGGAACACACAACACCGUCAACAAAGUCUUCCACCUCGUAGCUUUUGAAUGCAUGUUCACCAACCGCUCAUUUACCCUGGAAAAUGGCCUUUUGGUGCCCAGUGAGAACGUGGCGACCAUUGCAUCGUGUGCCAGUGUCAUUGAAGGUGUGAGCCGUAGCAGGAAUGCCUUGCUCAACGGCGACACACGCAACUACGACUGGGACUCCGGCUACACCUGCCAUCAGCUGGGCUCUGGGGCAAUCGUCAUCCAGCUGGCUCAGCCCUACUCCAUUGGAUCCUUAAGGCUGCUGCUGUGGGACUGUGACGAGCGCUCCUACAGUUAUUACAUUGAAGUCUCCACCAACCAGCAGCAGUGGACCAAGGUGGUCGACCGCACCAGGGUACCAUGUCGAUCAUGGCAGACAUUGAAGUUUGAUAAGCAACCCGCUUCCUUCAUCCGUAUUGUUGGGACUCACAACACUGCUAAUGAGGUUUUUCACUGUGUUCACUUCGAGUGUCCCGCCCAGCUGGACACCGACGUUAAGGAGGGCAGCCCGGGCCAGGACGCUCCUGAUUCUGAGUCCGCCUCCCUGCAGCCGCGACCCUAUCGAUCUUCACGCGUACACGGCCUGCUGCCCUCCCAGCCCUCACCCCCCUCAUCAUAUUCCUCACAGUCCCAUCAUUAAGGGCGCCAUCCUGGGAAGGUGUUGAGAGGAAGGGAGACCUCGGAAUGCCAUUUUGCACAGCCUCCAUCCUCCAGACUGCACUGCUACAACGCUGCUAAAGGCUAUCGUGUCAUUGUCAUAACCCAUGGUCCUUCUGUCAUAAGUGCAACAUUAGAGACUGGUAUAUCUGUAGCAGCAGCGUUUAGGGCUCCGUCUUCCCAGUUCGGAUACAGGUUAAGUGUUGCAUCCACUGGCUCAUACACUUUUGUGAAGGUACUUUUUAAGCUACUAAGACUAGAGUUUUACCCUUCAAAGUGGAAUCUAUACUUCUCCAAAGAGAGGUGUGUGUGUGUGUGUCUCUGUCUCUGUGUGUCUGUAUGUAUGUAUGUAUGUGUGUGUGUGUGUGUGUGU